GAAAAUUCUUUUUUCCAUAUUUAGGCAAUUUUUAGGUGCUGUGAUCUAGGCAUGAAGCCCUUUAUAUUUCCAUUAUACAAUCCUGGCCAUUUCUCACAUGUUGUAUUCUCCAUAGUGAAUUUAUUCAGGUUGGCAUGGGAGAAUCAGACCUUCAAGUCUGACUUCAUCCUUCUGGGAAUCUUCAAUCAUAGCCCCAACCAUAUCUUCCUCUUCUCUCUGGUCCUGGGCAUUUUCACAGUGGCCUUCAUGGGAAAUACUGCCAUGGUUUUCCUGAUCUACCUGGACUCCCAUCUCCACACCCCCAUGUACUUCCUCCUCUGUCAACUCUCUCUCAUAGACCUCAUGGCUAUCUGUACCACGGUACCUAAGAUGGCUCUCAACUACUUGUCUGGCAGAAAAUCCAUCUCUGUGGCAGGUUGUGGAACCCAGAUAUUUUUCUAUGUGUCCCUGCUUGGGGCUGAGUGUUUCCUGUUGGCAGUGAUGGCCUAUGACCGCUAUGUUGCCAUUUGUCAUCCAUUAAGAUACCCAAUUCUCAUGAGCAAGAAAAUCUGUGGUCUCAUGGCUGCCUCUUCCUGGAUUCUUGGCUCUUUUGAUGCUAUAAUUGAAGUUGCAGUUGCCUUGUCCUUCUCAUAUUGUGGUGCCCGGAAAAUACCCCACUUCUUCUGUGAUGUUCCUGCCCUUCUCCCUCUUUCAUGCACUGACACCUCAACAUUUGAAAGGAUGAUAUUUGUCUGCUGUGUACUCAUGCUUCUCUUCCCCAUAGCAGUUAUCAUUGCUUCCUAUACUCGUGUCCUUCUGGCUGUGAUUAGCAUGGAAUCUGGUGAGGGUCGUCGCAAGGCUUUCACUACAUGUUCCUCCCACCUCAUGGUGGUGGGGAUGUACUAUGGAGCAGCCAUGUUCAUAUACAUGCGGCCCACUUCUGAUCGUUCCCCAACUCAGGACAAGAUGGUAUCAGCCUUCUAUACCAUUCUCACUCCUAUGUUGAACCCCCUCAUCUAUAGCCUCCGCAACAAAGAAGUGACCAGAGCAUUCAUGAAGGUAUUACGGGAGGGCAAGUCUGGACAGUAAGUUGUGUAAUUAUUCAUGCCUAAAUUUAUGAUACAACUAAUACAACUUAGUACACAAUAUUUACCUGUCUUUGUAAUAAAAGAUUUAUAGGCAGACACACA